CGAGCGUCCAAUUUAAAUGUGGUGGUAGCAGCCGCAGCGGAGACAGUGCAUAAACGUCAAAGAAAACCUGUACGGCGGCCGCCUCUCCCCUUCUUGUUCUCAAAACCCCAUCCUAGUUCUGCAUACACACAUUUGUUCUGAAUUUGAGCGGACAAGCCAUGCCCGUGAACUCUGUAACGAAUGCUCACCCGCAGCUUUUGCACGCCAAUGGACAGCUUGCCGGGAACAGAGACAGAGGCGGGCUGGUUUUCGUCGAUUUCCUCGGAUUGUACCGGAAUUCUAACCAAAGGAGUCGCCUGCGAGUUGGAACCGCUAUGUGGACCGACCGGAAAGUGCCCAGGAGUUUGAUAAAGAGGAACUGGAACUCGAUUCAGGCAGUUCUCCAUUUGGAGAGCGGACGAGACAAAGCGAAUGCUUCUCCCCAGCAAUCCGCCGACUUCGCACAGAAGGUUGCAACUUUGGAUGACAUAAUAUCCGAAAGAGGGGCUUGUGGAGUUGGUUUUAUUGCUAAUUUAGAUAAUAAAGAAUCACACGAGACUGUUAAAGAUGCUCUUGUAGCUCUCGGCUGUAUGGAACAUCGUGGGGGGUGUGGAGGAGAUAACAUUUCUGGUGAUGGUUCUGGUCUGAUGACUUCGAUUCCUUGGGAUCUUUUUAAUAAGUGGGCUGAAACACGUGGAAUAGCUUCCUUUGACAAGUUGCACACCGGUGUUGGAAUGGUUUUUCUUCCGAAUGAUAAUGACAUGUUGAAUGAAUCAAAAGCAGUUAUUACACACAUUUUUGAGGAAGAGGGCCUUGAAGUGCUUGGAUGGAGGCCUGUUCCAGUGGAAUCUUCUAUAGUUGGAUAUUAUGCAAGAGAAACCAUGCCCAACAUACAGCAAGUUUUUGUUAGAAUUGUGAAAGAAGAAAAUGCUGAUGACAUAGAAAGGGAACUGUAUAUAUGUCGUAAUUUAAUUGAAAGAGCAGCAGCAAACUCAGAAACCUGGGGGAAUGAACUAUAUUUCUGCUCAUUGUCCAACCAAACUAUUGUUUACAAAGGAAUGCUUCGUUCGGAGGCUCUUGGUAAAUUUUACUGUGACCUGGAAAGUGAGCUUUAUAAAUCUCCUUUUGCAAUUUAUCAUAGGAGAUACAGUACAAACACUAGCCCCAGGUGGCCACUUGCUCAACCGAUGAGGUUUCUGGGUCAUAAUGGAGAGAUCAACACAAUACAGGGGAAUUUGAACUGGAUGCGGUCUAGAGAGUCCUCUUUGAUGUCCCCUGUUUGGCGUGGGCGCGAAAAUGAUCUUCGUCCUAUUGGAAACUCAAAAGCCUCAGACUCUGCUAAUCUUGACAGUGCAGCAGAAUUGCUAAUUAGGAGUGGGCGCACUCCUGAUGAAGCGUUGAUGAUUCUUGUUCCUGAGGCAUACCAAAACCAUCCGACUUUGACUAUCAAAUAUCCUGAGGUUGUUAGUUUUUAUGAUUACUAUAAGGGCCAAAUGGAAGCUUGGGAUGGGCCUGCCUUACUCUUAUUUAGUGAUGGAAAAACAGUUGGAGCUUGUCUUGAUCGUAAUGGACUUCGCCCUGCUAGAUAUUGGAGGACAAUCGACAAUGUUGUCUAUGUUGCAUCUGAGGUUGGUGUUUUGCCAAUGGAUGAAUCAAAGAUAACAAUGAAAGGGCGUCUAGGUCCUGGAAUGAUGAUAACUGUUGAUCUUCGAAGUGGUCAGGUAUUUGAAAACACAGAGGUAAAAAAGCGAGUUGCACUAUCAAAUCCUUAUGGAAAGUGGGUGAAAGAAAACUUGCGAUCUUUGAAGCCAGCUAACUUCCUCCAAACUGUGGUUAUGGACACUGAAUCAGUUCUAAGGAGCCAGCAGGCACAUGGGUAUUCUAGUGAGGAUGUUCAAAUAGUUAUUGAGAGUAUGGCUUCACAAGGGAAGGAGUCUACAUUUUGCAUGGGAGAUGAUAUACCUUUGGCUGUGUUAUCUUCAAAGCCUCAUAUGCUAUUUGAUUAUUUCAAGCAGAGGUUUGCUCAGGUAACAAAUCCUGCUAUUGAUCCCCUAAGAGAGGGACUAGUUAUGUCUCUUGAAGUUCAUCUUGGGAUGCGAGGGAACAUACUAGAGGUUGGACCUGAAAAUGCCUCCCAGGUUAAUUUGUCAAGUCCUGUUCUUAAUGAAGGAGAUUUAGAAUCUCUUUUGAAAGAUCCACUCUUGAAGCCUCAAGUAUUACCCACAUUUUUCAAUGUUGGAAAAGGAGUAUAUGGUUCCUUGGAAAAAACACUGUCCAAACUUUGUGAAGCAGCAGAUGAAGCUGUUAGAAAUGGUUCUCAAUUGCUUGUUCUCUCUGACAGAGCUGAUGACCUGGAAGCUACACGGCCUGCUAUUCCCAUGCUUCUUGCUGUAGGUGCAGUUCACCAGCACCUUAUUCAGAAUGGCCUGCGUAUGGCUGCUUCAAUUGUUGUUGAUACUGCUCAGUGCUUCAGCACUCAUCAGUUUGCUUGUUUGAUCGGAUAUGGUGCAAGUGCUAUAUGCCCAUACUUGGCAUUGGAGACAUGUCGACAAUGGCGCUUGAGCAAUAAAACAGUAAAUCUGAUGCGUAAUGGGAAGAUGCCCACUGUUACCAUUGAACAAGCUCAAAAAAACUUCUGUAAGGCUAUAAAAUCUGGGCUUCUCAAGAUUCUUUCCAAAAUGGGAAUUUCACUGCUUUCAAGUUAUUGCGGAGCACAAAUAUUUGAAAUAUAUGGACUGGGAAAGGAUGUCGUUGAUAUUGCAUUUUGUGGGAGUAAAUCAAGUAUUGGUGGCUUGACUUUGGAUGAGUUGGCAAGAGAGACCUUGUCGUUUUGGAUUAAGGCUUUCUCUGAAGAUACUGCAAAAAGACUUGAAAAUUAUGGGUUCAUACAGUUCCGACCAGGAGGGGAAUAUCAUGGAAAUAAUCCAGAGAUGUCAAAACUGCUCCAUAAAGCUGUCCGUCAAAAAAGUGAAAGUGCCUAUUCAAUUUAUCAGCAGUAUUUGGCAAAUCGACCUGUAAAUGUUAUUCGGGACCUUCUGGAACUGAAAAGCAAUCGUUCCCCUAUUCCGGUUGGGAGGGUUGAACCUGCUUCAUCAAUUGUGAAGCGAUUUUGCACAGGUGGUAUGUCGCUUGGAGCUAUAUCUAGGGAAACCCAUGAAGCAAUUGCGAUUGCAAUGAAUAGGAUAGGUGGGAAAUCAAAUUCGGGAGAGGGUGGAGAGGAUCCAAUCCGCUGGAAGCCGCUCACUGAUGUUGUUGAUGGGUACUCUUCGACACUUCCACACCUCAGAGGCCUUCAAAAUGGAGAUACUGCAACUAGUGCUAUAAAACAGGUUGCUUCUGGCCGCUUUGGUGUCACCCCAACAUUUUUAGCAAAUGCUGAUCAAUUAGAAAUCAAAAUUGCACAAGGAGCGAAACCCGGUGAAGGUGGUCAAUUGCCUGGGAAAAAAGUCAGUGCCUACAUUGCAGGACUAAGAAAGUCAAAACCUGGUGUCCCUCUGAUAUCUCCACCACCACACCAUGACAUUUAUUCUAUUGAGGAUCUAGCGCAGUUGAUUUAUGACCUUCAUCAGGUUAACCCUAAAGCCAAAGUUUCAGUUAAACUUGUGGCAGAAGCUGGUAUUGGCACAGUGGCUUCUGGGGUUGCAAAGGGUAACGCUGACAUCAUCCAGAUAUCAGGACAUGAUGGAGGGACUGGAGCAAGCCCAGUUAGUUCAAUAAAACAUGCUGGUGGUCCCUGGGAGCUUGGACUCACAGAAACACACCAGACGCUCAUUGAAAAUGGUCUGAGAGAGAGAGUUGUUCUUAGAGUUGAUGGUGGCUUUAAAAGUGGAUUUGAUGUUGCGAUGGCUGCAGCAAUGGGAGCUGAUGAGUAUGGAUUUGGUUCUGUAGCAAUGAUUGCCACUGGUUGUGUAAUGGCCCGCAUUUGUCACACAAACAAUUGUCCAGUGGGUGUUGCAAGCCAGAGAGAAGAAUUGCGAGCUCGAUUUCCGGGUGUACCCGGUGACCUUGUGAAUUUCUUCCUAUAUGUUGCUGAGGAGGUAAGAGGGAUGCUAGCACAAUUGGGCUAUGAAAAGCUAGAUGACAUAGUAGGACGGAGAGAACUAUUAAGACCCCGAGGCAUCUCUGUAAUGAAGACUCAACAUAUCGACCUCAGCUACAUACUUUCUGAUGUUGAUAUACCCAAAUGGAGCAGUACCAUGAUACGGAACCAGGAGGUUCAUGGUAAUGGUCCUGUUUUGGAUGAAGUUUUACUCUCAGACCCACAGUUAUCUGAUGCAAUUGAGAAUGAGAAGGUGGUCAACAAAACAAUACAAAUUUAUAACACAGACCGUGCUGUUUGUGGCCGUUUAGCUGGUGUUAUUGCAAAGAAGUAUGGUGACGCUGGUUUUGCUGGGCAGCUUAAUCUAACAUUCACAGGGAGUGCUGGGCAGUCGUUUGGUUGUUUUUUGACACCUGGAAUGAAAAUCCGUCUUGUAGGAGAAGCAAAUGACUACGUGGGGAAGGGUAUGGCUGGGGGAGAACUAGUUGUCACCCCUGUUGAGAAUACUGGGUUUUGUCCAGAGGAGGCUACUAUAGUAGGUAAUACAUGUUUGUAUGGAGCGACCGGCGGACAGAUGUUUGUACGGGGGAAAGCAGGGGAGCGUUUUGCAGUAAGAAACUCUCUUGCUCAAGCAGUUGUGGAAGGCACUGGAGACCAUUGCUGUGAGUACAUGACAGGGGGGUGUGUUGUCGUGCUUGGAAAAGUGGGCAGAAAUGUGGCGGCAGGUAUGACCGGAGGUCUGGCAUACAUUCUCGAUGAGGAUGAUACACUUAUCCCCAAGGUAAACAAGGAAAUUGUAAAGAUUCAGAGAGUACUGGCUCCUGUGGGGCAGACGCUGCUAAAGAGCCUCAUUGAAGCCCAUGUGGAAAAAACUGGGAGUAGCAAAGGCUUUGCAGUUCUGAAAGAUUGGGAUAAAUAUUUGCCACUCUUUUGGCAGCUCGUCCCGCCUAGCGAAGAAGACACUCCAGAAGCAUGUACCGAGUAUGGGCAGGUCAGUUUUCAGCCUGCAUUUGAGGGGGAGAUGAAAAGGACAUAAAAACUUUAAACAAUUUUAUCAUUUUUAAUCUUGAAAAAAAAAGAAAAAAAAGGAAUAAUCAAAGUUGAUGUGAGGCCUAAGGCAGAAGAUUUUGAGUCUUCUGCACAGAAAACAUUGCUCCCAUCUUUAAAAUGUUUCCUUUGUCCCAUAAUUUUCUCCUUGGUUUGACUUGACAUGAUUUCUAAUAAAGUAGAAUGUGUAUA